AUGAGCACCUCUAACCUCCCCUACCCCUGGAGUAGUCACCCAUCCUCAGCUACUCCCUCCUUCCGGCAUAACAUUCUGUCAAGCAACAACGAACCUGUAGCUCCCCGUCUUCUUCUGCCCCAUCCAAAUGCCGACAACCCUUCAGCUCUGCACGUUUUACCUUCACUGUCUUCACCAUUGCAGUUGCCACCUGUUCCUCCUUCUCCAAGUCCCAUGAGGAGAACGGCUCCUAAAGACUCUCUCACAACCUCACACCCACCAUCACCACCUCCUCCAUUCCCUCAGAGCCCUCUUGGGCCGGGAAGCACGGGUACUCAGCCUGCUGUGCAGUUAGUUGUUCCGAGAGCAGUAGUCGAUGGCUUGGCCCGAGACUUCAGUCUCACAGACGUACAGAGGAAAAUUAUGCAAACCUUUCUUCAUUUUGGGUCUGUUGGACAAGGAUUAUCCAAGCCUGACCUUCUCACCCGUCUCUACCAGCUUGCAAUCACAUUUGACCUGGAGAAUAAAAGGCCAAAGGCUGAUGGAAUUGACGUCCAGACUAUGCAGGCAAUGAUGAAGGACCUGAAGAUCCGACUCGAACAGACAUUCUCAUUAACAAGGUCGCAGACGAGAACAAUCCGUCUCCUUGCUCAAGAGAAGAUGUUCGAUCCUAUGCGGACUUGCUAUAUGGGUGUUAACCAAGACGUCUUUGAUUAUAUCAGAGCUCACAGCGAAGAGCUAAAUUAUUCGAACGUAAUGGGUAACCCUUCAUAUGAGCUGGUGAUGUUGAAGGAAGUCAAAAAAGCCUGCUCAAGUAUCAGAAACAACUUUAGACAACACCUUCGCGACAGCAUCACCGUUUAUAUAGAUGCAGUUGCGUUCACUCAUAAAAUGAAAAAAUUGUAUCAGCGACCUGGAGGAGUUACAUAUGACGACCGUUUAUUGCUUUUGCGAAACAUAAUCUUACGACGCUAUAUGGUUGACCACCCAAACACUGUUUGGGUAGAAGAGGAACUGACAGAUGACACAACGUCCGAUGUAGACAACGCUGCAGCGCCGUCCAAUGCCGAUGGGAGUACACGGCCUGCAAAACGCCCGAGAACAGUGAAGUCAAGUGCAGGUGGACGUGUUCCGAAGGGGCAGGAUUUCUGGAGCCUGAUUGACUCUUGGUUCUACUCUAAAAAAGAUUUGGGGAAAAGGCUCACCGAUGAAGGCUGGAAACAGCUCUUGGAGGGAUAUGUCCGUUUCGACGAAGCUGGCUUCAAAUCCAGAGCGUCGUCACCCCGACCUACAGCUGAUGGACAACUCGAUACUCAUGCUAUGCAGACAAGAAGAGGGUGGUUUGAUGGGGAUGGACCAGGAAGCAGUGCACUCGCCCUGGUCAUAUGA